AUGCAAUUGAUGGAGCCACGAACGGGACAGGAGAAAGAGAACGAAGUCUCCCAUGAACUUCGAAUCCGAAUCUGGUGGGCGCUUUUUGCAGCGGACAAUUGGUGCUCUUCCAGCUUGGGCUUCCCUCGCCAGAUGAAAGACUGGCCUCGACCGGCUCGGUUACCUAUGGACGAGCACCUGUUUUCCGACAUGGAACCUGAUGAGCCAUUGAAGGACCCGCACAUGGCAUUUCAGAGUCCUGGUUUAUGGGCACAAAUGGCCACGCUCAUCGAAGUGUUCAGCCCGAUUCAGGAACUCAACUGGCGCGCCGCCAACAGCCAUGAACUGCAUCCAGAUAAAAUUGAACAAGACACGAGUCAUCUUGCUCAACUUUUGGAUAACUGGGAAAGUAGACUUCCACGCGAUGUCAAAUUGACGGAGUCAAACCUCAUAGAGCAUAGCAGCCGGGGAACUGGGGGCAUCUUUAUGGGUCUUCAUCUUGGCUUCCACCACUAUGCCACCUUACUUUUCUACCAGUAUCUUGAUACAAGAUCCACGAUGACAAUGCGUGCUCGACAAUUUGCAGCGCGAUGUAAACACCAUGCUCUUAAUUAUAGCACCUGGCUCGCCCGUGGGAGACAACAGCCCGGAUGCGAGGCCGUGUACCCCACCGUCGGCCACAUGGCGAUCGUCUCCUCUUCCGUUCUUCUACACACCCUUCUGUUUGGCGAAGAAAGUGAACUUCCACAGUCACGGCACUGCCUCGAGGCGAAUUUCGAGGCAUUGCUCGAGUUGGAAGAGUACUGGCCUAUUGUCAAAACCAUGGUGAAUAUUCCCUUUCCUGGUGAAGCCAGAUUGCGAUUUCUACUUGUUUCUCCUUGUGAUUCUCUGGCUGAUAACCUCAAGAUUAAUCGAUUGAUGGAGUUUCAGAAUAAUUGCCUGCUCCUCUCUCGUAACCAUCACACACAUCGUCUUGAUCGUUGGAUGGUGCGGUUUUUAUUUGAGUAUGCGUUACCACUCGAAGAGAAAGCCAUUGAUCCACACACGGCCUUGGAAAUGGAGAUUAUCUCCACGCAAGCACAUAUGUUCUCCCAAAAAGGUCGAUUACCCACAUUUGGAACUAGCUAA